AUGGUUGUAGAUUCCACGUACUACGAUUUGUUGGGUAUUGGGCCCACUGCUACUGCCGUUGAGAUUAAGAAAGCGUACAGAAAGAAGUCUAUACAGGAGCACCCUGACAAGAAUCCCAACGAUCCCACGGCGACAGAGCGGUUUCAGGCCAUAUCAGAAGCCUACCAAGUGCUAAGUAGCGAGGAGCUGCGAGCCAAGUACGAUAAGUUUGGUAAGCAAGAAGCUAUACCAAAGGGUGGAUUUGAAGAUGCAGCGGAGCAAUUUAGCGCCAUAUUUGGUGGUGAAGCAUUUGCAUCCUACAUUGGUGAGUUGACGUUGCUGAAGAAUCUCCAAAAGACAGAGGAACUAAACGCCGAGGAUGAAGCACAGAAGCAGAAAGAAGCAGAGGAGGCUCAGAAACGUAAAGAGAAAGAGGAAGAAAUGAAGAAGAAUGGCCAUGUACAAGGUAGUGGUCAAGACAUAACGGUACAUCCUGAUCCUGAAGGCACAAAGCCCAAGGAUGAUGCGGUCAAUCAGAAAAAGAAGACAAAACUAGAAGAAUUUGAAGAACAACAGAAAAUUGAAAGAGAGAAAAGAAUUGAAGAGUUGAGUAAGACACUGAUUGAAAGGCUUUCGAUACUGACCGAGAGUGUUUACGACGACGCAUGCAAGAAUUCUUUCCAAAAGAAGUUUGAAGAAGAAGCAAAUAUGCUGAAGAUGGAAUCUUUUGGUGUUGAUAUUUUACAUACUAUAGGUGAUAUUUACUGUGAGAAAGCAAAGAUUUUUUUGGCCUCGCAAAACCUAUUUGGGUUUGGUGGCAUAUUUCAUUCGGUGAAAGCUAAAGGCGGUGUGCUUAUGGACACACUGAGGACGGUGUCUGCUGCUAUUGAUGCUCAAAAUACUAUGAAAGAGCUUGAAAAAAUGAAGGAAGCCUCCACUGAGGAUACUGAAGAAAACAGUAAGAAUCAACAGAAGACAGAGACAGAAACAACAACAGCUCCUAAACCGAAACCAACUGCUGAAGAAUUAGCACAACAGGAACAAUUACUUAUGGGUAAGGUCUUAUCGGCGGCAUGGCAUGGAACUAAGUUCGAAAUGACAUCAACACUGAGGAGUGUGUGCGAUAAAGUACUUGAUGAUCAAAAGAUAGACCUCAAUACACGUAUAAAGAGGGCAGAGGCCUUAAGACUAUUAGGCAAAGUUUUCCAAAAGACUUACAGAACUAAAUCUGAACAAGAAGAAGCGCAAAUAUUCGAAGAGUUGGUAGCAGAAGCCACUAAGAAGCAUAGGAAUACCUAG